AUGGUCGACUUCAGUGUCUUCAAGGGAGGUAAAGACGGUAUCGUCAAAGCCACCUCAACCCGCGAGGUUGGCCCUAGAGAGGUCCUGGUCAAGAUCACACACAGUGGUCUUUGCGGCACGGACAUCCAUUACAAGGAGCAAGACAUGGGCCUUGGGCAUGAGGGAGCAGGUACCGUGGAAAAUGUUGGCAAAGAGGUGACCCUGCUCAAGCCAGGAGACCGCGUAGGAUGGGGAUAUCUCCAUGAUGCUUGUGGUCAUUGCAAACAAUGCCUUCGUGGCGCCGAAACAUUCUGCCCCGAGCGCAAGAUGUACGGGGCAGCUGAUCUGGACCAAGGAUCCAUGGGAUCGUACGCUGUGUGGAAGGAAGAUUUCCUCUUCAAGAUCCCAGAUCAAAUUCCUUUGGAAAACGCCGCGCCUUUGAUGUGCGGCGGCGCCACCGUUUUCAAUGCCCUCCAAUUUCACGGUGUCAAAUCAACCGACAGGGUUGCCGUUAUUGGUGUCGGUGGACUUGGGCACCUUGCGAUCCAGUUCGCGGCGGCGAUGGGUUGUGAGGUUGUGGUAUUCUCCAGUACCGACAGCAAGAAGGAUGAGGCGAUGAAGCUCGGUGCCAGAGAAUUCGUCGCAACCAAGGGGCAGAAGGAGUUAAAGGUCUCGAAACCCAUCGACCACUUACUUGUCACUACUGCCUCUCAGCCGGAUUGGAAUCUGUACCUGCCGAUCAUGGCACCUUCGGGGACGAUUUAUCCUCUCACAGUCAGCAACGAAGACCUGAAAAUGCCGUACAUGGGUAUCCUUCUGAGUGGGUUGAGGAUCCAGGGAAGUCUGGUGGCGGCCAGAGAAAUUCAUCGAGAAAUGCUGGAAUUCGCCGCGAUCCAUGACAUCAAGCCAAUCAUUCAGAAAUUCCCCAUGAAUGAGGAGGGUAUCAAGGACGCUUUCCAGACACUGGAUGAGGGCAGGAUGAGAUAUCGUGGCGUCCUGGUUGCAUAA